AUGUCGGUACCCGGCUUCAAGUGUGUCAGACUAGAUCCGGACCUGGACUCGGUUCCCCCACAACCACGUCAGCCAAACCCUGCUCCACCUACUGACCAACCUGCAGCCGGAGAGGCAGGGGCAGCUCAGCCACUGCCAGGAGGACAGACAGUGGAGGAGAAACCUGCUGUCAAAAAUAUUUACCCGCAGAACGAGCUAACAGCAGCAGCUUCAGCUGUGGGAGGGGGAACAACCCCCCCACCAUAUGGGGAGCCAUCCAUCCCGCACCACACCAGAUCCAACAAGAUUUAUUUACCAACCUCGAAUCCACCUACAAACCUCCAUGUCACAGCCCCAAUGAUGGAAGUGGCGUCCGGAGAUGGAAGCGCACAGCUGAUCCACAGACCGUGGCUAUUCAGCGAGAUGAAGGAAGCUUCACAGCAGCUUCCUCGAGUUCAGGACGAGCUUUACAGACAGAGGGUUCUGGAGCUCAAUGCCUCUGAUGAACGAGGCAUCCAGGUCAUCAGAGAGAAGGUCAAGAACUUUGCUCAGCUCACCGUAGCUGGGACUCGCACAGAUGGGAAGCCUUGUCCCCCUUUUAAGAUAAUCAUCCUGGAUGAAGCGGACUCCAUGACGGCACCAGCUCAGGCGGCACUCAGACGGACCAUGGAGAAGGAGUCCCGCACCACCCGCUUCUGUCUCAUCUGUAACUACAUCAGCAGGAUUAUUGAGCCCCUGACCUCCAGAUGCUCCAAGUUUCGUUUCAAACCUCUAGCAAAUCAGAUCCAAGAAGAGCGCCUGCUGGAGAUCUGCGAGAAGGAAAACCUCAAGUAUACCAAAGAGAGUAUAGCAGCAUUGGUGAAGGUGUCUGAGGGAGACCUGCGGAAAGCCAUCACCUUCCUGCAGAGCGCUGCGCGCCUCAACGUCAACAAGGAGAUCACAGAACGCACUGUGAUUGAAAUAGCUGGGGUCAUCCCUCCCAAGAUGAUUGACAACUUGCUCCAGAUCUGCUUCAAAGGAACGUUUGAGAAACUAGAGGUUGCCGUCAGGAACAUGGUGGAUGAAGGCUAUGCAGCCACACAGAUCCUGAGUCAGCUCCACGAGUCUAUCAUAGAGCAGGACCUGAGUGACAAGCAGAAGUCCGCCAUCACAGAGAAGAUGGCAGUUGUGGGCAAAUGUCUGUCAGAUGGUGCAGAUGAGUACCUGCAGAUGUUGAGUCUGUGCUCAGUUAUCAUGCAGCAGGCCUCCCAGAACAACUAAAAAUCCACAAAGUACCGUCAUCUGCUUCCAGCAGGACCAGCAGCUGUGGAGCCAUCAGAUGGGUUCGUUCAGAGGAUACGAGAUGUUAACGGUGUUAACUGUUAGAGACCAGACCUGUCAAGCUUCCUCACUGUAUUUAAUCUAAAACAGUCUCCCUCCAUCUUGCAUUUAGGAAAUCAAUAAAUAUUUUUAUAUUUC